GUCUCACUCUUUCGCAUGAAGGCAACAGGAGGAGGGAGGCUCGACCAGCUGGAUUAAACUUCCCUCCCAUCAUCAUCAUCAGUAGCAGCAGGAGCAGCAGCAGCAACAAGAGCAGCGUGCUGUGAGUAUUUGUGUUUGUCUGUCAGAUCUCCGUGCAGUGCGCUCCGACGCAGACCUCCCUGCUUCACAUUGCUUCAGUGUUUUGGAGAGCAACCUGUCCGUCGGAGAAGCAUGAAAACUGGGAUUCAGCUGCUCACAGGACGAGUGAGCUGAAGGGCCAUCAGCCGGCGACCAUGUGCAGCUCGGUGAGCCCAAAGCAGCUCUGCGGUCCGGGCCUGACAGACAUGCAGCAGUACCAGCAGUGGCUCUCCAGUCGACAUGAAGCCAGCCUGCUGCCCAUGAAGGAAGACCUCGCCCUGUGGCUCAGCAACAUUCUUGGUCUGGAAAUCACCGCUGAGAGCUUCAUGGAUCGGUUAGACAAUGGCUUCCUGUUGUGCCAGCUGGCUGAGACGCUGCAGGAGAAGUUCAGGCAGAGUAAUGGAGACCUGCAUGAGCCUGGCAAUAGCAAGAAGAAAAUCCCCAAUCGGAGGAUCCCGUGCCGGCAGAGCGCUCCGUCCGGUUCUUUCUUUGCUCGCGACAACACAGCUAACUUCCUGGCCUGGUGCCGAGAGGUCGGAGUGGGUGAAACAUGUCUCUUUGAGUCUGAGGGCCUAGUUCUGCAUAAGCAGCCGCGAGAGGUGUGCCUCUGUCUACUAGAGUUGGGUCGGAUAGCGUCACGCUACAAUGUGGAGCCUCCAGGCCUUAUAAAACUGGAGAAAGAGAUUGAACAAGAAGAAAGGGCACCUCUACCUCCCCCAUCACCCUUAUCCCCGGCUCCGCCUCCCCUCUCGUCCCCUUCUUCAUCAUCCCCCUCCCCGUCUUCUUCACCGACACCGACUUCAACUCCAACUACGACCAAAGUCACUUCGUCCAAGAAGGGCGCAGGCAAGCUCCUGGAUGAUGCUGUGAGACACAUCGCUAACGAUCCGCCCUGCAGGUGCACAAAUAAGUUCUGUGUGGAAAGACAUUCGCAGGGUCGAUACCGCGUUGGAGAGAAGAUGCUCUUUAUACGGAUGCUGCACAACAAGCAUGUGAUGGUGCGGGUCGGCGGAGGCUGGGAGACGUUUGAGAGCUACCUGCUGAAACACGACCCCUGCCGCAUGCUGCAGAUUUCCAGAGUGGAGGGAAAGAUAUCCCCCAUCAGCACCAAGUCCCCCAACAUCAAAGACCUCGCCCCGGACAGCUACCUGGUGGUGGCGGCCCACUACCGCAGCAAGAAGUGAAGGCCCACCGCAGAGUGGUUCUGGUCUGGACAUGGUGUAUGCGUGACUUUUUUAAGACCGCUCUAAUAACGGGGCUUUGCUAUGCAAAAACGUGGAGGAAACGGAGAGAGACGACUUGUAAAAUAAUGAUUUGUUGUUUGAGGGGGUAGGAGGAGGAAAAAAUAGAAAUCUUGGGUAGUAUAGUUUUCAAUUUAAUUUUGUGCUUUAUCUUAUUUUCUUUAGCUUAGGAAAUUCUCAUACUUUAUUAAUUUUGUUGAUAAUUAGUGUAGUGGGUGAAACAGGAGCUUAGCAGGGAAGUUGUAGAUGUUUGUGACAUUUGGUUUUAAUCGUUAGUUAUACUUGAAGCUUUUCAGUGAGUAUUCAGAGGCAUCCUAUCUAAAUCUGAUAGUCGACAUGCAGAAGUUCAUCCUUUUCAUGCAAACUAGAGAUGGAUUCAUCAGCACCUUUGUGAAACUAACAUUUUGUCAUGUAAUGCCGUUUUAACACAGUAGGUAGAAGAUAUUCCACAAGGAUCAAUAUUUUGAUGUUUCAAACUAAUUUUAACAAAUAUAUAAUAAGAAAACUUUGUACUAUCCAAAGCUUUAGAUUGUGUGUCUUUGCAUAAUAUAAAACAUUUCUCUAAAAUCCAACACUUACAAGUAUUUCUUUUAAUGGAUUUCUGAUUAGGUUAAAUGUAAGCAGUGCUUGCACUACAUGCAACAUUCCCACUUUGAAUUGAUUUACUGGCUAGGUUCUGGCAUAAUCUUUAUUUAAACAAUACAAUCUCACGCAGAACUGAACCAGAGGGUUUUUGACUUGAGAAGCUACUUAAGUUUUUCUUUUUGUGUAGAGUUACUGACCUCUAGAGGUAGAACAGAGAUCAACAUGAAAACAAUCUGACUUUUGGUUUGGAGUCUUACAAUAACAGACAAUACCUGUAUCAAAGCUGAGCUCAUUGAUAUGUGACUUUUUAUGGAGUAUUAUGUUGGUUUUGAACUAAGAAUGAUGAUUAAAAACCAUCAAGUUUCUUAGAAGUGAAAAUCCUUUUUUUAACUGUAAAUAAAGUCUCAUUGUUUGUGACAACCUCCUCUUGUUUCCAAAUAUCAAUAUCCUUGAAUGAUCUUCGUAAUUAAAACAUCUGUAAAUGUUCAUCUGAUGCCCUGCAGACACAAAGUCAGAAGGUGUCAUUAUGUGUCGAGAUGUAAAACCAGAAAUCAGCAUCUGGAGUCCAAACACACGUAACAGAAAUGUGCUUUAUUAACUGUAGCAAUACCAUUGGCUAUACUCUUUGUCCUACAAAAUGGCAAGAGCACCAGAAGCUUUUGAGGAUCAGGCAGCUUUAAGAAAAGACCUCAGUUAAGUUGAGCACUUCGAGGAAUAUUCACUACACCGUCAUCCAGCACCAUAUGUGAAAGUACAAAGGCAAAGCUGCAGUCUCCAAAAAAAAAAAAAAAAAAAAAAACUGUGACA